ACAGCUGACUUCGGUAACCUAAAAAUCCUGCUCAAAGCGAAAUAUAAACAAUAAAAAAUCUGCAAAUAUAUAACAGAAUGCGAUACUUAUCCAAGUUGUUUCAGCCUGUCAUCACUAUACCAAAGAAUGCUAAGAUUAAAAACACAGAAAUUACAUGUAAAAGUCAAAAGCUACUCCUAGAAUGCGGCCUCAUCCGUCCGACAGGGCCCGGCCUCUUCACCAUCCUCCCACUAGCUCGGAGAUCACUGGACAAGCUAGAGAACCUCAUCAGAUCAUGUAUAGAAGCUGCCGGUGGUCAGAGGAUGGCCGUACCAUCCCUCACUUCUGCCACUCUAUGGGACAAGACUGGCAGGUUGCAGGAGAUCGGUCCCGAGCUGAUUAAGAUGGAAGAUAGACAUGGGAAGAAGUAUUUGUUGGCACCGACACAUGAAGAAGCGAUAGCAGACUUAUUAGCAGAUGUGGGGCCACUGUCAUAUAAACAACUACCACUGUUACUCUACCAGAUUGGCAACAAAUACCGCGACGAAGCUCGCCCCAAGCACGGGUUACUGCGCGCACGAGAGUUCUCCAUGUUGGACGCGUACGGCGUGCACGAACACGAGCAGUGCGCACGAGAAGUGUACAGUGCAGUCACUGAUGCAUACUAUACGCUGUUUCAAACGUUGGAUUUGCCUGUGCAUAGAGUGGAAGCCCCCUCAGGCGACAUGGGUGGUCCCCUAUCACACGAGUGGCAACUCCCGGCCCCCGCCGGGGAGGACAGCGUGUAUGUGUGCAAUACUUGCGCACGCGCAGCCUUACAGGAGGGACCGUGUCCCAAGUGCGGGGGGGAAACUAAGGAGGUUCAGAGUAUUGAGGUGGGUCACACGUUCCUACUCGGCAGUAAGUACAGCGCGGCGCUGUCGGCGCACUGCACGCCAUCUAGCGGCCCGCCCGCGCCGCUCUACAUGUCCUGCUACGGGAUUGGUAUUACUAGACUACUAUCGGCGAGUAUAGAAGCGUUGUCGAGCGACAAGUGCCUGCGUUGGCCGGACACCAUCGCGCCGUACAGUGUCUGCAUCAUCGGGCCCAAGGAAGGUUCCCGAGAGUGGCAGACGCACGGUAUCGGCGCCAUAUCGCAGCUGUACCAGACACUGGAGCCGGCCCGACCUGGUGACGUCAUUGUAGAUGACAGACACCAGCUCACUAUUGGGAAACGACUCAUGAUGGCGGACAGAAUGGGCUACCCCUACAUAGUGGUGAUAGGCAAGGCGGCCCUGUCCGACCCGGCGCGGUACGAGGUGUAUCGAAGCUGCGCCGCCACCGCCAGCGUGCAGCUACUCACAGCCACUGAGCUACUGGGGCUACUCACUCAUACACACACGCAGAGAAUUCAAAUAAAUAAUGUGGCUUAAGAAA